UGCAUUCUACAUUACCCGUUUUAUACUACUUCCGGUUUGUUGACGUACAUGCUUUGAGAGCAGACAGCUGUUUAUUUACAAUAUUUCUAGUGUUCUCAGGCAUAAUGACGUACAUAACAUCAUGGGAUGACUUUUCGAAAGCUGCAGAACGGUUAUAUCUGAAAGAUCCUUCAAAGUGUAGAUUUGUUACCAAAUACAGACACUCAGAUGGAAAAUUAAAUGUAAAGAUCACAGAUGACUCAGUGUGUAUACAAUACAGAACAGAGCAUGCACAAGAUGUUAAGAGACUUGAAAAAUUGACAAAUCAGUUAAUGAGGCACAUGGCUUCAAAGGAAAAAUAGAUAAUGUUCAUUAGAUAAUGUUAAAUAAAUUAUACAGUAAAUUCAGAAUAUCCAGAAGUGAGAAGUAUAAAAGAAAACCUUCCAUUGCUAAGGCAACUGGAGUACGCAAUAAACUAGAGUCCAUGGUUUUCUGAUCCUCUUUUCUGAUGUACAGUGUUGUGUAAUAAUGAAUUGUAUUUUAUCAUGUUCUGUAAUUUUAUAGUCUAGAUCAUGAUCAAUUUCCAAAAUAUACAAUUUUAUAAAAUCCCAUGAUAUAUACUCAUACAUAUAAAAUGCCACCACACAUUUAUAAAUGCAUUUAUGUUUUGAAUAUAUCUGAACAAUAUAUUUAUAAAUGACUUUAUAGGUUUAGUAUCAACUUAUCAAAUUGUGUAGGGGUAUAUAGGGGAAAAAGGGGAAGGGGAAUUUCAAAAUAUAAAUACAAUAUUCUUUUUCUUGGAGAAGCUGAAUUAUUUGUCUGAAAUUUCAAUGGAUCUGUAUGUAAAAUCAUUCAUAGAUUGAUAGAAAAACUAUUGGUGAAUAAGUUUUGUAGAUUUUGUAUGUAAAUGUAUGUAUGAUAAAUAAAGUAUAACAGUUUUUCACAA